CUCUCCCCGGUUCCUCUCCCCGGUUCUGUCUCCUCCCGUCGCCCGUCCGCCCGUCAGCAUGUCGGAGUACAACGCGGGUCCUCCGCCGGGGUCCGGGGACCCUGCUGCGGGACAGGCCGCCCUGGGGAACGGGGCCGCAGGCGGCAAGAAGGACGCGUUCAUGGACGCGGUGCAGAGGGCCCGACAGAUUGCAGCUAAAAUUGGGGGCGACGCCGGUCCUGCCGUGAUCAACAAUGCUGCGUCGGAUGACUUUGCAUUCACGUCACAGAAACGACAGCUGGAGGACGCAGAUGAACCGGAGAGCAAGAAGCUGGCUGGAGAGAGUGACUUGGAUUCAGCCAAUGCAUUGUCUAUUGGUGCACAGCUCGCUGCUCUUGCACAACAAAGGCCCGUCUCCAGCACAGAGGACUACAGUGUACCAGACAGCAUGGUGGGACUCAUUAUCGGCCGUGGAGGUGAACAGAUCAACAAGAUUCAACAGGAGUCAGGGUGCAAGGUUCAAAUAGCACCAGACAGCGGAGGCCUUCCAGACAGAUGCGUCUCUCUCACGGGUUCCCAAGACUCCAUACAGAAUGCAAAGAGACUGUUGGAUGAGAUAGUGUCCCGGGGGAAGGGUACAUCCCCGUCUUCUUAUCACGAGUCCACCAACGGGCAGAACGGCUCGGUGCAUGAGAUGAUGAUCCCAGCUGGCAAGGCUGGCCUCGUCAUCGGCAAGGGAGGAGAGACUAUCAAACAGCUACAGGAGCGUGCAGGGGUGAAGAUGAUCCUGAUCCAGGACGCCUCUCAGGGACCCAACGUCGACAAGCCCCUGCGCAUUAUCGGAGAUCCGUACAAAGUCCAGCAAGCCCAGGAGAUGGUGCAGGAGAUCCUGAGAGAGAGAGACCACGGUGGCUUCAGUGAAAGAAAUGACUUUGGCUCCAGAAUGGGAGGAGGCAUGGACAUCCCUGUACCAAGACACUCAGUCGGUGUGGUCAUCGGGCGCAACGGAGAGAUGAUCAAAAAAAUCCAGAAUGAUGCCGGAGUUAGGAUACAGUUCAAACAAGAUGACGGGACUGGUCCGGAUAAAAUUGCCCACAUCAGUGGUCCUCCUGACCGCUGCGAGCACGCUGCCCAGAUCAUCAACGACCUGCUGCAGAGCAUUAGGGUCAGGGAGGAGGGGCAAGGGGGUCCUCCAGGUCCUCCAGGCAUGCCUACAGGCAACAGGGGCCGAGGUGGGGGACAAGGCAGUUGGGGGCCCCCUGGAGGGGAAAUUACCUUCUCUAUUCCCGCCCACAAGUGUGGCCUCGUGAUUGGCCGCGGAGGAGAGAACGUUAAGUCCAUCAACCAGCAGACGGGGGCCUUCGUGGAAAUCUCUCGACAGCCGCCCCCCAACGGAGACCCCAACUUCAAGCUGUUCAUCAUCCGGGGCUCACCGCAGCAGAUCGACCACGCCAAGCAGCUCAUCGAGGAGAAGAUUGAGGGACCUUUGUGUCACGUCGGACUGGGGCCAGGUGGACCAGGUCCUGCUGGUCCAAUGGGUCCCUACAAUCCCAACCCAUACAACCCCGGACCACCUGGGGCGCCCGGACCACCACACGGUGGUCCUCCAGGUCCUCAGCAGUUCACCCCUCAAGGCUGGAGCAACACCUUCCAGCAGUGGCAGCCCCAGGCCCCCCAUGACCCCAGCAAGGCAGCAGCCAAUGACCCCAAUGCGGCCUGGGCGGCCUACUACGCUCAGUACUACCAGCAGCCAUCAGGGGCUGUGCCAGCCCAGUACCCCGCUGACCCAGCUGGAAGUGCCCAAACGUCAGGGGACCAGACCCAGCCUGCCCAGGCGCCGGGGGGGCAGCCAGACUACACCAAGGCCUGGGAGGAGUACUACAAGAAGAUGGGUGAACUACUACUGGUCCUGAAGUCAGAUGAGUGUGGUGGUGAGUUGGGGUUGGGUCAUGUCUCUAUGUUUCUGUCACCUCUAGCCCAGGCGGGCGGCUCUGCUCCUGGAACAGCAGCUGCAGCACCAGGAGCAGCAGGCGGAUCAGCAUCCACACCGGGGGGCCAGCCGGACUACAGCGCAGCCUGGGCCGAGUACUACAGGCAGCAGGCCGCGUACUACGGACAGACGGGACCGGCACCCGGACAGACAGCCGCCCCACAGCCAGGACAGACGCAGUGAGAGUUCAUGGCAGAAAAGAGAGACGUGGGGAGACGAUGAAGACGACCUGGUGCUUAAUUCACAGGAUCUAAAGGCCUC